GAGGACUGACAGCCGUCACAGGAGGAGCGAAACGAGGUACACGGAGUUCAGGAGAGGUCCUCCCGGCAGUGGUACGAUGGUGGAGCGACUGUGAGCUGCUUUAUUCGCCGCUGUCAGGAUGUUUCGGGUUGUCAACAGCGCCUGUGUGAAGGCUGCCGGUGCAGCGCAACUCCAAGUGCUGAAGGACGUUACAAGCAGACAGCUGCACAGCUCGUACGAUGUGGCCCUGGUGGGAGGCGGCAUCGUGGGUUUGGCCACAGCCAGAGAGCUGAUCCUCCGACACCCGACGCUCAGCUUCAUCCUGCUGGAGAAGGAGAAAGAGCUCGCUCUUCACCAGAGUGGGCACAACAGUGGGGUCAUUCACAGUGGGAUCUACUACACUCCGGGCUCCCUGAAGGCCCGCCUGUGUGUGCGAGGAGCCACUUUAGCCUACGAGUACUGCCAGAGGAAAGAACUGCCCUACAAGAGAUGUGGAAAGCUCAUCGUGGCCGUGGAGCAGGAGGAGGUUCCCCGGCUGAAAGCUCUGUACCAGCGUGGCCUGGAGAACAACGUGCGAGACCUCAGCAUCGUGGACGCCAAGGGCAUCCGAGAGCGAGAGCCUUACUGUCGGGGGAUCAUGGCCUUGGACUCUCCCUACACGGGCAUCGUGGACUGGAGGAUGGUGGCGCUGAGCUACGGGGCGGACUUUCAGGACGCCGGCGGCACCGUGGUGACUGAGUAUGAGGUGGACGACAUUUCCGCGGUCAAGGAGAGCGCGGCCGGCAGCAGCGAAGGGAUGAAAUAUCCAAUCGCCAUCAGGGAUGCGAAGGGUAACGAGGUGCGCUGCCGGUACGUCCUGACCUGCGGCGGCCUCUACUCGGACCGGCUCUCACAGAUAUCCGGGUGCAGCCGGGAGCCGCGGAUCGUCCCGUUCAGAGGAGAUUAUCUGGUCCUGAAGCCCGAGAAAAACUACCUGGUCAAAGGAAAUAUCUAUCCUGUCCCAGACCCUCGUUUCCCGUUCCUCGGCGUCCACUUCACUCCCAGGAUGGACGGGACUAUCUGGCUGGGUCCCAACGCGGUGCUCGCCUUCAAGAGGGAAGGAUACAAAGUGUAUGACUUCAACGCCCGAGACUUCGCAGACGCUCUGUCCUUCAGGGGUCUUCAGAAGCUGGUGAUGAGGAACAUCACGUACGGAGUCGGGGAAAUGUACCGGGGGGUUUUCAUCGCCGCGCAGGUCAAAAUUCUACAGAAGUACAUCCCUGAACUGUCUCUGAGCGACGUGGUCAGGGGCCCCUCAGGGGUCCGAGCUCAGGCGCUGGACCGGAACGGGAACCUGGUGGACGACUUUGUGUUUGACGGCGGUGCCGGAGACGUGGGCAGCCGGGUGCUCCACGUGAGAAACGCCCCCUCUCCGGCCGCCACCUCCUCCCUCGCCAUCGGCGAAAUGAUCGCAGACGAGGUGGAGAGUCGCUUCGCGCUGUAGAGAAGUCUCAGGAUGAGGAGUGAAGGAGCCCAGGCCUUAAACAUCUUUGAUUACUUUACACUCUUUUUUGUUUUUUUUACACGACUGGUGCAAUUUCAGGAUUCUUAAUGUUUACUCCAACACAUUUCACAGUCAGUGCUCAUCUUCAUGCACUACAUUAUGAUCUAAACAAUAUCAGCAUCCUAGAUUACACUGACGUCAUCAACAAUCUGAAUACUAGAAUAGGCAAGAAACGUGUGAAUUAUAAACUGGGUGUUUUCAUUUUGGAUUUUUUUUUUUUUUUUUUAAUGGUUUAACUGUGGUACUUGUUUUCAUCUUUUCAUUUUGUUUAAGGUGGUGGAGCCACUGACUCCUUUACAAAGUUGCUGUGUUCAAAUGAGUUGUUUCUAACCGCACAUCUUUAAAAAUUUAGCAGGACAAAAUAUUUUUAAGCUGUAUUUAAAACCAAAUAAACUGUAAAGAAUAAUUGAGUCAUUUUUAAAUAAAAUAUUGUAAGCCUGUCCUUGAUCUUAGGUGACACUGGAUAAUGGAUUGUGUCAUGUAUUGCACAGUUUUUGCUGCAGAACGCACAUUUUAUUCUGAAAAAAAUAGGUUGAUCUCACUGCAUUUGACAGGGUACUGUAAAGCUAAUCUAUUAAUUACAUCUUCAGUUAAAAAAAAUAAAUCUUACAUUGCACCUUUACUGUACAUUUAUGAAAUUCAGAAGGAUAUAUUUGUAUCACCAAGAACUGUGCUUUUGUGUAUAAUUCACUAGAACAAGAUGUCAGUUAAUUGCAAUGUGCAUUGACGCCACAAGAUGGCAGUAAAUCUUACAAACUCUACAUUGGGGACAAACUUGUGCGUUUUUGUGUUUUCUUACAAUUUCCCCAGAAAUUUGAACCUUCACAUAUCUCUUAACAGCGGCAUUUUUUCUCUCUCAUAUACUAACUCAUCUCAUUUAUAGACAAAUGAAUGUACAAGUAUUUCUUGGGAGGAAAUUUAUAUAUUUUUUGGAGCUGAAACACCAAAGUUUGUAGUUUGUGCCAGAUUGUUUAAAAUGUAAGUGCUCACUUGGUUGUGUAAGGUACGUGUAUGGAGAAAGAAUAGUUGUAGGCACGGGUUUAUUUGUUUGAUGGUGUAUUUUUAAAACAAAUGCUGCUGUUGCAGGAUAUCUUAGUUCUCAAUACAUGCACUUCUACCGUAUGUCCACAAGGUGGCAGCAUUACAGCAACAAAAAGUAAGUAUAGGUCUUUAAGUGAAGGCACAAAAUGUGGCAGAAUAAAAGGUCUUAAAAUGAACGGAUUCGCAAAAAAAUGACCCCUUAAUCAUUCUAGAAAUAACCAGAUAUUUUCAGGCAUUUUAGCAUUACUGCUUGCUCGAUUUCACUUUGCUUAAUCUGCAUCUUUGGUUUGUUUGCUUGUUUUUUUUUUUCAACAUUUUUUUUUCAUUUGCAUUUGUUUUUGCAUCUUAAAUGGCUUGUGUUGCAUGUAUCUCUGGAACAUCACCACAUUGAAUCCAGGGGAUCUCAUCGGUCUGUUGAGUCUCCAGGGUUUUAAUAGGGAAAAAGAGAAAUUGCACAGCUUAAAAAAAAAAAAGAAGGAAAGAAAAGCUUGAAUCAGAAACUUUCCAACCUUCUCACAAGUUUUAGUAGAUCAUUUCUCUGCUGUAAAAAAGCUUUUUGGUGCAUUUGAUUAUUUAUCUCUUAAAUUGUGCUGGAUUUGUAAGAAACAUACAUUUGUGGGAUGGGCAGCAGGGCUGAGUAUUUGGGUUGUUCCCCAUGAAAAGUUUACCAGAUCUUCUCUGUUUGUGCCAAACAGCUUUUCUUUCCUGUGACUUUUAAAUCCAGAGAAGGUCUUUGAAACUGCCCAGUGCUGCUGUUGGUUUGUUGAUCAUCUGUCUAUCAUUCUUCUAAUGUUUUUACUGAUGAUGCUUCUAUAAUAGCAUGGAAAUAAAAUGU